CUCUCCCUCUCCCUCCCACUCUAAUUUCCUUUUCCCUUGCUUCCGCGGCGUGAUCGACACACUCACUCACUCGCUUGGGACUUGCGGGCGCUGGGCUCCUCGCUCUCACUCCCACCCUCUCUGUGCUCUACUGUAAGUUCAUCUCAUAGACUACAUUUCCUUUCUGUUUUGAUUUCUCGACUGUAGCCCCGUCGCUCUGGGUUCCCCUUUUUGCCUGUUGUUACCGCUUCGUUUGCUUCCGACGCUCCGCCGUGCCGAGGUUUUGCAUUUUCCCGCUCCUUUCCUUGUUCAGCGUUAGGGUUUCCGUAUUGUUGAUUCCCGACCCACAUUGCUAUUUUCUCUUCUCCGCAAACGCCGAAAAUUCAAGCGGCCGUCCACUCUAGUGACCUGCAUGUGAUUUUCAUGGGUCGGGAUUGGAAUCUUUUUGUGUUUGGAUGAUGUACCUCUGGGUUUCUGAGACCCGUCUUUCAAAUUGUGGGAAUUGCAGUUGUGUUCGCAUGUGCUAUAAGGUCGUUGCUUUUCAUGUUUAUUUAUCGAACUUGAGCCUCUGAUUCUUUUCAGUUGAUUCCCCUUCCAAUUCGGCAUUGAGGGUUCUCAACUUGGAACGGGAACACUGAGGUUUUAGUUUUCGCUUUUCCCUCUUUACUUUCUUAUGGUGCUAGGGUGGUAGUGAGGGAUUUCUCUUUGGCCAAUCAACCAUGCCGGUAAAUCCCAGAGUGCUUAAAGUCUUCCAGACCAUGGGGGAGAUGGGAUUCACGGAGGAUGUAGUGAAGCCUGUAUUGAAAAGGCUUCUGAAGUUGUACAAUAAAAAGAUCUCAUUAAUUGAAGAAGAUAACUACCGGGUUCUUCUGGACGCUCUACUUGAGGAGCAGGAGGCAUCGGGAAACAAGAAGCCGGUCGAUGUAAGUGGUGAGGAAAGUUUUGAGGAAGAUGCUCAGGAUGAAGAACCUCCUCCACGACCACUAAAACGGCUUCGUCCAUUGCGCUUAAGAGACCAAGAAGGAAUGGUGUCCCCUUCAUCUGGAAACCACAGCCUCCAAACCAAUGGAAAUUUGCUGAAGCAGCCAAAACGGGAGGAUACAGAUCCACCUUCCACAAGUUCCACGCAGAGAAGUCCAUCUCCCCAACAUGCUGCUACAAGUGCAGCCAGCCAGCCUUCGUCUGCACAGAGAAGUUCAUCGCAGCAACAAGUAACUGACAGAACUCGUAAACAAAGGAAAAAAGCCUAUGUCAUCUCAGGGUCCUGCUAGAGAUAAAAGGCACCUUGCUUCAGGAGAAAAAUCCAUACGUCUUGGUUCUCCACUUAAGCGAAAACUGCCUGACAUCAGUGCCCUGAUUGUACCUAAAGAUGAGCCAGUAACCGAGGAGAUGCCUCUCAACGAGCUUCCUCUUGCAGUAAUAGGGCCCGAUUCGAGCAAUGGUAAUAAUGCUGAUCUUGGAGACCAAACUAGCAAGCCCUCUUCUAACUUGGAAAUCGCUUCAUCCCCUUCAGGAGAGGAAAGGGGGGUAAUCAGUGAAACACAUUAUGAGUUGAAGAAUUCUGAUGCUUCUACUGCUCUUUGCCUUGUGGGCACCGAUGGAAAUAAUGAGGCCCCAUCUGAUGUAUCUGUUGAUCCAGAGCCUCAAGUUCCAAAGUUGGUUCAUUCCUUGAGUAAGCAUGUGAUCCCCAAUGGUGGUGAUGUAAAUGGCUUUGGAUCAAGAUCAGGAGACCCCGAAUCUUGCAGCUUAGCAGUCGUUCCACGAUAUCAGACAGGUCGUGAUGAGUUAAGGUCUCUUCAUGACUCAAAUGACAUCACUAAGGGAGAAGAAGUAGUUGAGAUUCCAUGGGUUAAUGAAGUCAACAAUGAGUGCCCACCAUCCUUUCACUAUAUACCAGGAAACCUUGUGUUUCAAAAUGCCUAUGUCAAGUUCACUCUUUCUCAGAUCACGGAAGAUCAUUGUUGUACAUCUUGUAUUGGGAAUUGCCUUUCUUCAUCAUCUCCUUGUGUUUGUGUUGCUGAAACUCUGUAUGGGUUUGCAUACACAGCAGAUGGUCUUCUCAAAGAUGACUUCCUGCAAGAAUGCAUCUCCAUGACUCGGGAUCCGCAGCUACAAUCCAUAUCCUCCUGUAUGGAUUGCCCAUUGGAGAGAUCCAGAAAUGAAGAAAUGUUAGAGCCAUGCAAAGGUCACCUGAACAGGAAAUUUAUAAAGGAGUGCUGGAGAAAAUGUGGCUGUCAUAAGCAGUGUGGAAAUCGAGUAGUACAACGAGGUAUCAGGCGCAAGUUGCAGGUAGUUUUCUUCACAACUGAUGGAAAGGGAUGGGGUCUUAAAACCCUGGAGAAACUGCCGAAAGGUGCAUUUGUUUGUGAAUACAUUGGAGAAAUUCUGACCAUCAAAGAACGGCAUGAGAGAACCAUGCAAAACUCAAGUAUUACCAAGACUGAGAACCCCCCUUCAGUUCUGUUGGAUGCGUAUUGGAACUUGAAAGGGGCUCUAAAGGAUGAAGAGUAUCUCUGUUUGGAUGCGUCGUUCUAUAGUAAUGUUGCCAGGUUUAUUAACCACAGGUGCCUUGAUGCCAAUCUAAUUGAGAUCCCCGUUAAGAUUGAAACCCCGGACCAUCACUAUUAUCACCUGGCCUUCUUCACAACAAGAGAGGUGGAUGCCUUGGAAGAGUUGACUUGGGAUUAUGGCAUCGACUUCGAUGAUGACAAUGAUCAACCCAACAAGAAAUUUCAGUGCAAGUGCGGUAGCAAGUUCUGCAGGAACAUGAAGCGACCAAGCAGAUCGAGGCCUCUGGCCAGGUGAUCAUGGGACGAGAAACGGACAAUUUGCAAAGCCUUCAUCCUUGGGGGCUAAGAUGGUUACACUGAUCCGAGUUCGUGCUCAUCUUUUCCAGUCUUCUUAUCUGUGGUGCUUAUUAGGAAAUCAGGAGUUAGGAUUUGAUUUUAGCCAUGUAAAUCUUGUUUGGUUAUGACAUCUGUACAUUCGGCAUUCCUCAGGCAUAUGUCCAUUAUGUGUUUUGCUACUCUGAACUGAGCUCAGAAGUCGUAGAUUAUCGUUAUAAUUCUAAACGACUAGUUACUUGCUGAUAAAAAUAAUCAAUCAAUGCAUAAAUUAAUAUGGAUAAGGAAACAAAAAGAAACUAACAGCUUAACACAAAAAAAAAAUUGAAACUGGAAAGGAAAGAAAGGUGCAGGAGUUUUGGGGUCAGUUUGUGGAGUUAGUCGUAGUCGGGAUCCAUUACGUUCUUGCUGCGGUCAGUAGCUGCUACUUGGCGCAGCUUCUUCAUGUGCUGAGUCCUCGCCUUGCUCAACCAAGACGCAGGCGAUUGGGUGAGUUUCUUCUGGAUCAGCCUUUGCUUGCUCCCCUCGGUAUAUAGCGAGCCAUCCUCGUCGGGCUUCCACUUCAGUUCUGGCUUGUAAAGAAGACAAGACUUCACUUCUUCCCUCUCUACGUCAUAGGCCAUAACCGUCGGCUUCUCACCCACCAGCUUCUUCUUCGCCGCAAUCUUCGACUUGAACAUACUCUGCAGCUGCUUGUUCACCUUGAUGUGCUCUGCUAACGUUUCUCUUCCUAGAAAUCCCUCUAGAAAUGCCAUCUGCGACCUCUCCGACCACGUUGUCAACAUCACGCCCUCCUUCCUCGUCACCUCCAAACUCUUGCAAGAGCUGCCUUCUUCGAAGAACCUAGCCACCAACGCUAGCCUGGAAGCCGCGAUGUUCUCUUGUUGCUCUUUUCCCUCUUCAUCAUCGGUUGCUUCCAUCGCAAGCAUCCUCUCGUUCAGUUUUUUAGCAAUGUCGUGUUUGGAUGGGUGAGAUGAUGAAGAAGAUGAAGACGAUGACGACUCUCCUCGUGCUCCACCGUUAUCGUCCACAGCAGCAGAGUUGGGAACACUCAUGAGCGAAUCAAUCUCGAAGACGAGAGCUAGUGCCUCGGCUGCUGCAAGGACGACGGAUUCGUUGUCGUGGCCCAGAAGAUGGAAGAAGCAAGGAAUUGCUGUUAGCCAGUGGGCUCGGCUGAUACCACAAUGAUCGCUGGACAGAAUGAAGCACCAAGAUGAUACGGCAGCUGCAACAAGUUCUGGUGAAUGCUCUUUCUUCUUCCCUUGGCCAUCGUCACUAGAAUCGUGGAAAAAGCAGGCCCAAAUCAUGGCCAUUGAUUCCAGCCUGUGCUCCGAGAGAUAUCCUCCGAAGAAAGUGAGGACAGCCAAGCACUCGAGGACCUGAGCGGGCGGCUUCAACUUGGAGCUGCUCGAUUUCACAGCGUCAAACAGCUUCGGGGCGGAAUCGCGAUAGAUCUCGUGAGCAGCGUCCAUGUCAUCGAGGAUCAUCGCCACCAGCCCAAUCGCACGCGCCGCCAUCAAGAGCUCCGCCGCCGACCGCCCCUUUUUGACGACGCGGAGGCACUGGUCCACCAAGCUCAUCCGAUUCGAGUCGAGGAACUCCUCGUCCCGCUUCAGCAUUCUGGCCAGCUCCUGGACCAUGCCUUCCAGCGCCGCCUCCCUCGCCCGCGCCUUGUGCUUCUCCGAGUCGGCCAGCUGGUCCAGGUACCCGGCCAGGGUGUUCCGCCGCGGUGCCGAUUUCAUCUUGACCUCCUCCACAACGGUGCCGCGCGAUUCGCAGAGCAGAUUUCGGCCCUUCUAGUUCUCUGUUG